CCGGGAGAAACAGUACCAGUAGCGGUUGAUAUGGCAGCUAUGGAUGCACUGAUGAGAUGUUGGGGGAUUACAGCAGAUAAAAAAUUUCCAUUUUCCAACUUGGAAUCUCUCAGCGAUCUUGAUCAUUUCAGUAAACCACAUUAUUCUCUUCAAGAAAUCUGCAGUCCGAAUUAUGUAUUGAAAUUCGUUGACCUUGAAGAGGAACAGGAACCACUUGAUGUGAAAGACGUAGCAUUGAGAUAUAGAAAGGAAAUCGAAUCUGUGGUUGGCACUCCCUUGCGACGUCGAUUGCGUCACAAGUUUUCACGAGGUACAUUUGGUAAACGAAGCUUUCGAUACAUGAACAAACCCAAAGUUUAUCAGAUAUGUUAA